GCCAGGAGCAGACCAGGAGCUGCUUAUUGCCAUGGGGACGCUCAGCCUGGUCCUGCUGGGCCUGCUCGCCACGGUGGCCCCUGCCAGCUGUCAGCAAGGCCUGGGGAGCCUGCAGCCGUGGAUGCAGGGACUCAUUGCCGUGGCCGUGUUCCUGGUGCUCGUGGCCAUCGCUUUCGCUGUCAAUCGCUUCUGGUGCCAGGAAGAGCCGGAUCCAGUGACCAUGGUGAUGACCAUCGGAGACAAGGCGGACGGGGUGCUGGCAGGGACGGCUGGCAGGUACUCCUCCAUGGCUGCCGGCUUCAGGUCCAGUGAGCAUGUGAACGCCUACGAGAAUAUUCUGGAGAAUGAGGGCAAGGUCCGGAGCACUCCCAUGUAAGUCCAGCUCCAGGCCCUUCUCUACGUGCUGGAAUUCACAGUGGGAACUCCUGAGGGGUCUGCUGUGGCCCUGGGGGUCCCCCCAACUCAGAAGAU